UUACAACACUUUUGCAUUCUUAAUAGAGAUCCAAACAAAGUUAAACAUUCCCUAAUCUCGCGUUAUUUUUUUUUUCACAGCUGGAUUAAACUAAAUCACAGAUCAAAGUAUUGCUCUUUUUUUCCGAAUACCCUUCCUUCAGCAUUCCAUUUAUUUGAUGCAGUGACAUUGCUAUUUGAAUACAAGAAACAUGUCUAGUGAUCCGUAUGAACCAAAAAAGAUUCUUAUAACUGGUGCAGCUGGUUUUAUAGCGUCUCAUGUGAGCAAUAGGUUGAUUAAGAAUUACCCUAACUACAAGAUCGUUGCCCUAGACAAAUUAGACUAUUGUUCAAGCCUUAAAAACCUUAUUCCAUCUCGAUCCUCUCCAAAUUUCAAGUUCGUAAAGGGUGAUAUCGCGAGUGCUGAUCUCGUAAAUCACCUCUUGAUAGCCGAAGAUAUUGAUACGAUCAUGCACUUUGCUGCACAGACACAUGUGGAUAAUUCUUUCGGCAACUCUUUCGAAUUCACCACCAACAAUAUUUACGGUACUCAUGUUCUUCUCGAAGCGUGUAAGGUUACAAAAAGAAUCAAACGGUUCAUUCAUGUGAGUACGGAUGAAGUUUACGGAGAAACUGACAUGGAGACUGACGUGGGAAACGCCGAGGCUUCUCAGCUUCUGCCUACAAAUCCUUAUUCAGCUACAAAAGCUGGUGCUGAAAUGCUUGUGAUGGCUUACCAUAGAUCUUAUGGUCUUCCUACAAUUACUACUAGAGGUAAUAAUGUGUACGGACCUAACCAAUACCCCGAAAAGCUGAUCCCAAAAUUUAUUCUCCUCGCGAUGAAAGGCGAGCAAUUGCCGAUACAUGGAAAUGGAUCGAAUGUGAGAAGCUACUUAUAUUGCGAAGAUGUUGCUGAGGCGUUCGAUGUGAUUUUACACAAAGGUGGUAUAGGGCAUGUUUAUAAUAUCGGAACGAAAAAAGAGAGACGAGUUUUGGAUGUGGCGGAGGAUAUAUGCAGGCUAUCCAGAUUAGACUGUAAAAAGUCGAUAAAUUAUGUUCAAGAUCGGCCUUUCAAUGAUCAAAGGUAUUUUUUAGAUGAUGAAAAGUUGAAGAAGCUUGGGUGGCAAGAAAUGACUUCUUGGGAGGACGGCUUAAAGAAGACGAUGGAAUGGUAUACCAUGAAUCCAAAUUGGUGGGGUGAUGUUGCUACUGCUCUGCAUCCGCAUCCGCGUAUCUUGUCGACGGUUCGUUCCAGUGAUGAUUCUUGGUUGUUGGACGAUGAAAGUGAUCACAAUAUUAAUUAGACUUCAGCAUAAUUGUUGAUCAACUGAUUAACAUUAAAUUUGUUCAUUUUGAAUAUGUGCCCAGCUAGAAAAUUUCAUUCAUGCAUAUGAACAAUGGGGGCCUAUUUUUGUUUUUGUUUUCUAUAAUUUAUGUAACUUUUUGUUUUUUCGUUUCUUUUA